AUGAAAUUACUCCACCUGGGGGUUCCUUGGAUCCCUCCUUCACGCCGGCGCCUAAGAAACAGAAAGAACUUUCGAGAGAGCGAUAAACCCUUCGCUGAUUUUGCGAGGAAGGUGGACCAUCAAUCCACUACCCGAAUCUGGCUGCCGAACGAUACAAAACACGGAGAGCGGGUUCGUUCCGAACGGAGCCCGGAUGCAUCAUUUAAACACGAGCAGGCAAAAUACCCCGGUGUUAUUAUCGAAGUGUGCUAUGCGCAAAAAGUUCAAGCCGCUACGGACCUGGCGGAUGAUUAUAUCUUGGAUACCGAUGGUAACGUGAAAGCGGUGAUUGCUCUCAACAUCGAGUCUAAAAAAGCGACUAUAUCCAUUUGGCGACCAGAGUAUGUAACUCUUAAUGGGGUGGAGGAACUCCAGCCGAUAGCUAAGGUCGAAGCGCUACCUUUCCGAACAGAAUCUGGACUACCAGUCGAGGAACCAGCUAAGGGACCAGCAUUCCGGCUGUCGCUUAGGGACUUUGCUCCCACGAGCAUCUCACAGGAGAAUACCGACGUCGAUCACUACAUCUCUAUCUCAUUGAAGGAACUCUAUAUCUUUCUUUCAUACGCUGAAGCGCAACACCAGCAACAGUUACUCGAUGAAGGCAUUGUUGAUCCAUUCCCUCCGGGAAAGAGAAAGCGCCGUCGACUUCGGACCCCUGAACUUGUGUAG